AUGGUCUGGAUUCAAAAGACAAUCAAGCUCUCUCCCCGCUCAAAAGGCUGCUACCUAAUCCAAGAUGAGAUCCUCUCCGAUCUACCAGAGCUCAAGACCAUCAAAACCGGCCUCCUCCACCUCUUCAUCCAACACACCUCUGCCGCCCUAACCCUAAACGAAAACUGGGACUCCGACGUGCGCUCCGACAUGACCCGCGCUCUCGACCGUCUCGCGCCCGAAGACAGAAAGGGAGAACUCUAUGAUCAUUCAGCAGAGGGGUUGGAUGAUAUGCCGGCUCAUGUGAAGAGUGUGUUGGUGGGACCUAGUGUUAGUGUUCCGAUUGGCGGGGGAAAGUUAUUGACGGGGACUUGGCAGGGGGUUUAUUUGUGUGAGUUUAGGGCUGCGAGGCAUACGAGGAAGGUCGUUGCGACGAUUCAGGGGGAGACGAUGUAG